AGCUGCAGGACGUACUAACCCGGGGUCCUAUCUGACACAUUUUCAAGAUGGCGACUUCCCUCUCAGGAUUAUUAAAACCUUGGACACCGAGGGUGCUGCUGGUGAGAUGGGGCAGGUACAACCCCUACUACCUGGAGCCGGAGGUCAGCAGGGAGGCCUUCAACCAGCCAGAGUCAGAGCUCAGCGCCAAAGAGAAACAGCAGCGAGAGUUCAAAGCGCUCAGACCCAUCAAGGCAGCGACCAGCGAAGUCACCAGCUCGGUCUUCAACGACCCGGACCUCAGUAAAUUCAUCAACAUGAUGAUGAAACAUGGAAACAAGGUUUUAGCCAGAGAGAUCAUGACACAGACGCUGGAGAACAUAAAGAAGAAACAGGUGGAGAAGUACCACAAAGCUCCAGAGGGGAAGAAAGAAGGGAUUGAGUGCAACCCCUACACCAUCUUUCACCAGGCUCUGGAGAACUGUAAGCCUGUCAUUGGGCUGGCCAGCAUUCAGAAGGGUGGAAAGUAUUACCAGGUGCCCAUCCCGCUCUCAGACAACCGCCGGCGCUUCCUGGCCAUGACCUGGUUGAUCACAGAGUGCAGAGACAACAAACACAGACGCACGUACAUGUAUGAAAAACUCUCCCAGGAACUGCUGGCUGCUUUUGUCCAAGAGGGAAACGUUGUCAAGAAGAAGCAUGAGCUGCACAAGAUGGCCGAGUCCAACAGAGCGUACGCCCACUACCGCUGGUGGUAGGAAGAAACCUUGCAGGACUGGACGCUGUUGAUUCACAUGUUUCUGCAGAUUGACAGACUGGACAGACGUCGUGUUGGCAAAACAGAGUGCGACUGUAAAUAGUGAACAGCACGAACCUCGUUGGUGGAGGGACAACGUUGUAGGAACUGCUGUCAGGGAGAUGAAACACGUAUAAAGGAGAAUGAAACAUGGCUUAUGAGCACUGUUUGUAUCAAGAAACGAGUAUCAUGUUCAAUAAAUAACCAUAAUUAAUCGUAUUUAUAAUGAAUACACAAUAAACUGAAAUAAGAAAAA